UCACCCUACUGGUUUCUGAGUGUCAGAGACUUUCACUUUCAUUUCUCUCUUCUGCUGCAGCGAUGGCGUCUGCUGAUCUGAGGCAGGAGCUGGACUGUUUCAUCUGCCUGAGCAUUUAUACAGAUCCUGUAACCCUGAGAUGUGGCCACAACUUCUGCCAGGUCUGUAUUGAUCGUGUGCUGGAUACACAGGAGGGGUGUGGAGUUUAUACCUGUCCUGAAUGCAGAGCAGAGUGUCAGGAGCGUCCUGCACUGCAGAGGAACAUAACGCUGUGUAACAUAGUGGGGAGUUUCCUGUCUACUCGGCCAGAUCAGGAGGAGACUGGGAUCUUCUGCACUUACUGUGUGGACUCUCCUGUACCUGCUGCUAAAUUCUGUCUGCAUUGUGAGGAUCAUCUGUGUGAUAAUCACCUGAGAGUACACAGCAAGUCACCAGAGCACAUCUUAUGUGAUCCCACCACUGCCCUGGGGAACAGGAAAUGCUCCGUUCAUAAGAAGAUCCUGGAGUAUUACUGCACUGAGGACUCUGCCUGUAUCUGUGUGUCCUGCUGUCUGAUUGGGGAACACAGAGGACAUCAGAUGGAGUCGCUGGAUGAGGCCUCUGAGGAGAAGAAGAAGAAGCUGAGAAAUGUUCUGCAAAAACUGACCACAAAGAGAGCGGAAACUGAGAAGAGAGUGCAGAGUCUGCAGGAGCGCAGGAGGGAAGACCCAGGAAAAUCAGCUGAUUUAACAAAGACAGUCACUGCCUUGUUUAGAGACAUCAGGAGACAGCUGGAAGACCUGGAGAAGAAAGUCCUGAGUGAGAUCUCCAGGCAGGAACAGCGCGUUUCACUCUCAGUCUCAGCUCUGAUCCAGCAGCUGGAAAUAAAGAAGGACGAGCUGUCCGGGAAGAUGCGUCACAUUGAGGAGCUGUGUAACAUGACUGACCCAGUGACUGUCUUACAGGAACCAGACACAGGGGACUUGUGUGAUACUGAGGACACAGAGAGACGUGAUACCCAGGUCCGUGGUGCAGGAGAUCUGGAUGUGGGUCUCAUCUCAGGGAAAUUACAUAUAUUAUCUGAUAUAAUAACAGGGAUAAAUAGGGGGAUCUAUGUGCAGCAACCCACAGACAUAUUACUGGAUGUAGCCACAGCUGGUGAUACUAUACAGAUAUCAGGUGACAGGAAAACUGCAUCCAGGUCAGAUAUAAACCAGAAUCACCCAGUAACACCAGAGAGAUUUCAGAGUUAUCCUCAGGUAAUAAGCAGCAGGGGAUUCUCCUCAGGGCGACAUUACUGGGAGGUGGAUGUCAGUAAGUCAGUGAGGUGGAGGGUGGGGAUGUGUUACCCCAGUAUAGGCAGGAGAGGAGAUCAGUCAUACAUUGGAGGUAAUAAGAAGUCCUGGUGUCUGUGUAAGAAACUUAAUCCGUGGACAAUAAGAUAUGACAAUACAGUGAUACAUGACAGAAAAGAGAUCCGGUUACCUGACUAUAUCCCCUGUGACAGAGUGAGGGUAUAUCUGGAUUAUGAGGCAGGACAGCUGUCCUUUUAUUCUCUGUGUGACCCCAUCAUACACUUACAUACCUACACUGCCGCCUUCACUGAGCCCCUCCAUGCUGCAUUACUUGUAUGGGAUGGUUGUGUAACUAUAUGUGGGAGAGUCAGGAGCUGGGAGAAAUUACCAUAAGAAAUCAGCUCAGAAACUGGUGGCGUAACAAGGAGGGGAAUCGGAUUGGGCGACCAUUCAGCCAACAGGAAUGAAUCAUUGGGUUGAGCUCUAGGCUGAGGUGACCAAUGUGUCUGGAGUUGUUCCCAUAUUGGUGUGCUGGAUACUGUCAUUAUAAAUAUACUUAUCUAUGGGAUUUCUCUGCUUCUGGCCCACUGACAGCUGUGAUUGGCUGCAGUAUCUGUCUGUCACCCAGUGUGCACCCUAUCACAGUAGUCAGUGCUAAACUUGCUCCUGUUGGCUGUAAUAGACACAGAGGGUGAAUGGGGUGGGGCUUAUAUAAACCUCCGCCAACUGGGAUUUGUAGUAUGAGAGUGUUCCUUACAUAGCACAAGCCAGGAUGUACUACAUCUCCCAGCAUGCCUUAUUACUAAUCCACAAUUACUCGAUAUUUGUUUUUUUAAUUAAUAAGUAUAAUUAGUGUAAUUUUUUAUUUCAAUAGUGUUGAUUAUAUAUAUAGCUCCCUCUUUAUAACGCCUCCCUCACCUCCCGCCAAGUGUGCGCCUGUAUUCUGGCGUGGGGUCAUUGCCGGCAGUUAGGAUACACUUAGAUUUAUAGUAUAAGCUUCCCUAAUAAUAACCUCGUAUAAAAUGCUAGAUACAGAAUAUAAGUGUUUCUAUGCGGCUGAUUUAUUAAAAUAAUUUUUGUUUCGCA